AUUCCCCUUAAUUAUAGAUACCAUAACUAAACCUUACCAAAGGAUUUACUUUUACUGGCUUAAGUGGGUUCACUAAUUAUUCCGUAAAAGCAUGAUUUAGUGUCUAAGUACACUCCAAGUUGCAAAAAAGGAAGUGGUUUUAACUUCCCCUGUAUCGUGGGUUGUAAAUGCCAUGCCACAUGAUGUCACUUUUUCCAUGCACACAUUCAUGUAGAUUUUUCUUGAUUUUUAAAAGAAAAAGUGUACCCAAAGUCAAAAUGUUACAACUAUAUUCCUAGAAGUUAUAUUCGUUUGUCGUAAGCUACAUUCUGAGAACACUUUAACCACCUUUUUGCAGUCUCCUAGAGCCUGUACUUUUGGUCUAUAUGUUAAAAAUGAUUUUCAAUAGAAAGCAAGAGAAAGGCUAAUUUACAAGUAUUAGUUAUUGUCAAUCGUAAUCCUGGUGUUUUUGUGCUUUUUUGGUAUGUUAGGCCUACAGCAGGGAAGACGUGCAGCUCUGAAACUUCACGGAAUAACUGAGGUAUAGACUGAUCCAGUGUAACAGUUGGUUUAAUGUGUGAUUGUUUUGUAUAUUUUUAUGAUGGAAAUUAUGAUCCACCUAGGCGAACAUGUCACAACCCAUGAAUAAAGCAAAUGUGUGUUAUAGUCACAUGGUGGUCUGUUCUCACUUUCCAUCCAUUAAAACCACUCACUGAUGUGCUUCACUCAUAUUUCAGAUAAUAUAUUUAUAGUAUCGAGGGCAAUAGGCCGAUCCAAAGCACAGCUCAGUCCAGUGCUCAUUCUCUGACCUUAUUUAUUGCUGAUCUGAUCACAGACUUGUUUUGCUUUGAAUUCAGUGGGAUUCUUAUAGGCUGCUGAAUCCAGACCAGGCCCCGUUUCCUCGCAGCAAAUAGACGACCUGAAUAGAUUUUAGUUGUUCUGGGAAAACAAACUGGAAAGUCUUGUCUAUUUUUUGCUAUGACCCCCUCAACGCCGACCGCCCCCCUCUUUUUUUUCUUUGCAACUGUGGGUUAAUGCUUGCGUUCCUCUUUCCUGGUUUGACCAAAGAGCAUUUUGAUUGGUUGUCAAUGACAUCACCCUCAGCCUCAAUACACGGGACCCUCAGCAUUGUUCAGUGAACAGCACUCAGAAAGCUGACUUUACACUCGUUCGCCCCCUCCCCCUUCUUUUUCUGGGUUGGUUUUGAUGUCUACGGUUCCUCACCUUACCGAGUAAACUGAUUGGCUCGUUUCAGUGUCACUCUGUCGUGCCACUUUAGCGGGCAGGGCUAACUCACACAAUAUCGUAUCAGUUAGAGCGAGGCAGAAAGUGAAAAUGUCGAGGAGCUAAGGUACAGGGGCUGGCUAAACGGUCUGUCAAGUGAAAUUUCGAAGACACAUCCCCCUGGACAUCGACUGAGGAGACUUCAGCCUACGCACAUAAACGCCAAAGAGACUGAGUACCUGAGUUUUCUGCGGUCAGCGAGCCCUCCUCUGUGGUCUCCCCAUGCCUCCAUCUCCCCUCGACGACAGAAUUGUGGUGGCGCUGCCAAGGCCUGUCCGACCUCAGGAACUCCAUCUCCGCCUGGACACCAGCUACCUGGAAGCCACCGUGGGUGCCGUCGCCAAGACGACGGUGAUCAGCAGCACCACCGUGGUGAAGAUUCAGGCAACUAACCUCACGUAUAUGCCCUCAUCCAGUGGCUCCACGCGCUCCUUGACGUGUGGAUGCAGCAGUGCCAGCUGUUGCACGGUGACUACAUACGAGAAAGACUCACAAACCCAGACCCAGACGCUGAGUCAGGUCAGCACAAGCAGCCCUAACUUGAGCUCUGCAGUCAGCUAUGGUGGGCCCAGUGGUGUCUCCAUGCCUGUGGUGGGGCCAAGUGAAACCUACAGUGCCCCAAGUCUCACCUCUAGCCCCCCCAGAGGAAGUGUACGGAUCAUUCACCCAAACGAACUGGCUCAAAAGAUGACGCAUUGCCCCAUGGGCCAUCUAGUGGGACCUGUGCCGGUGAUCAUCGACUGCAGGCCAUUUAUGGACUACAACAAGAGUCACAUCCGAGGUGCCGUUCACAUCAACUGCUCGGACAAAAUCAGCCGUCGACGCCUCCAGCAGGGCAAGAUCACUGUGCUGGACCUCAUCUCUUGCCGCCAGAGUAAAGACUCCUUCAGGGGGAUUUUUUCCAAAGAGAUAGUUGUUUACGAUGAGAGCACGGUAGACCCGGGCCGGCUGUCGCUUUCCCAACCCCUGCAUGUAGUCCUGGAGUCUCUGCGUAGGGAGGGAAAGGAUCCGAUUGUUCUGAGAGGAGGCCUCAGCAGUUUCAGACAGGGCCAUGAAGACCUAUGUGAGCACUCCCUCCACCUGCAGGAGGGCCAGGAUGCUGGGGCUGCUGUUGGCCUGUCGGGGGCACUACCUCACUCCUUGCCCUCUACCCCUGACAUUGAGAACGCAGAGCUAACACCCAUCUUGCCCUUUCUGUUCCUGGGCAAUGAACGUGAUGCACAGGACCUCGACCAAAUGCAGAGGAUGAACAUUGGCUACAUCCUAAAUGUCACCACUCACCUCCCACUCUACCACUAUGACCUAGGCCUCUUCAAUUACAAGCGCUUACCCGCCACCGACAGCAACAAGCAGAACCUGCGCCAGUACUUCGAAGAAGCCUUUGAAUUUAUAGAGGAGGCUCACCAGGCAGGCAAGGGGCUGCUCAUUCACUGCCAGGCUGGUGUUUCACGCUCUGCCACCAUUGUCAUUGCAUACCUGAUGAAACACACUUGGAUGACCAUGACGGAUGCCUACAAGUUUGUCAAAACGCGACGCCCCAUUAUCUCGCCCAACCUCAACUUCAUGGGCCAGCUUCUGGAGUUUGAGGAGGACCUCAAUAAUGGCAUCACUCCUCGCAUACUCACCCCCAGGCUUAUUGGAGUGGAAACCAUAGUGUAGGAAGCUUGUUUGUGCGCUAGGAGUGUGUUCUCCUUCACAGCAUUUUUAAGCUAAAGAUGGGUUUAGAAGAAUCUUUUUGGUUUACCUAGUGGUCACACCUGGAUUCCAAAGCCCUGUGUCUUGCUUCAUUACCAUUAAAGAAAUUGGCCUCUUUUCAAGAGGACUCCCUUAAAAACAUUGUAGAUGGAGGAUGAUGGAGAGUAGGGGAAAAUGCUCAUAUCUGUAGAACGGCUGUCUGUUAGUUGGAUGCAAGCUUCAAGAAGCAAGAUGUUUGUACUUGAGCAUGGAUGUUGGUACACAAAGAAAACGCAUGAACAUUAUUUUUUCCAUAAUCAUUUUUGUUUUUGGCACGUUCUACCCUCUCUAUGAUUGGAGAGAAACACUGUGCUAUGCCUAUACUGUGUCUAUCAGCUGCUGGUGCUGGUCAAGUUCUAAGCAAAACCUGGCCUUUUGCUUGUCAGAAAAGAUUAAGACUUGUUUGGUGUGUUAUGUUCUUAUUCUAUUUUUAUACAGGAGUUGACCAUGAUGAGCCUUCAGUGGCUAUACUGUGCAAUAAUUUCUGAGUGGAAUGCAAUGGGGCUUAAUCUGUAUAUAUAGGUGAUGGCAAAUACUUUUGCAGCUGUGUAUUUAAAACAUUUAAUAUAUUUUUUGGUUGAUAAUAUGUUUAUCAUUGUUUUCAUUUCAGGUCAGCUGAAAUGUUAUGCCCAUGUAUCAUACUAAAAUCACGUCAUUUUAUUUUUUGAUAUAAAUUCCUGAAAGCUGUCAAAUCUGUGUGUGCUUAUGUUCCAGUCACUUUAUUUUAUCAUCAUCAUUAUUUCUGUUUUACUGGUCCCAGACAUGUACCCAUAAAGCAAGUUAUUUAAAAAAAAUAUUCAAGGCAUAUUUAUUAGCAUUUAAGUGUAGUCCUAUUGUACUGUUGAUUGCUAGCAACCAUAUAUUGUACUUUUGGAUUAUGUACAGUACUGUGGAAAAAAAAAUGGGCAAAGCGCAAAAAGGCAAAAUAUUAAGCUUUUAAUUGUCUUAGCAACAAAGCACUGGUCAACAAAUUAGCAAGAAUAAAAUAGAUAAAGUAACUUAGUAUGAAAUAGAUUUUCCCUUUGCUUUUUUAAAAUGUCUUGUGGGUAAACUUGCAGACAACUUUUUACAGAAAGAAGAGUCAGUAUUGUUCCACUCAGCACUGAUGGCUUCAAACAGUGGAAAAACAUUGCCAUAGCUAUUUUGUGUAUAAUGUAUUCCACCAAAUAUUCUCUAUAGGGUUUAAAUCUGACCAGGCCAAAACCAUCAACAAAAACCAUUAAUAUUUUGGGCUUGGCCCGUAUAUAUAUAUAUAUAUAUUUUUUUUUUUACGUGGGGGUGUUAACACACCAUAUGCAUCUUGAUUGUCCACCCAAUUUUAAAAUUCAUCUAUUUUUCUUUUCCAUCUUUGUGUGUAUGGGUGUAAGAGAGUGCUAGAGAGAGAGAGAGAAUUAAAGGUAACAGUAUGUUAUUACAUAAUUCUCUCUUUUUUUCUGCUCCACUGACUUACUGUGUUAUAACAUGAGCCAACUGAAAUGCUCUGACAUGACCUCAUACUGGGUAAACAGCCUAAAAAUGAAACAAGAUUACUAUAAAGGACACAGAUUAGUUUAAAUGAUUGCUAAAUAGUGGAUGCAAAAUAUUGUUUUUGGCAUUUAUCUCUAAGACUAAGUUAAGCAAGCUUUUCCACACACAAUAAACUAAUGCUGUCACCCAAGAGUGAUAAUAGUGCCUCUAUUGAUGCCUUAACUUAUCACGCACAUUUUUUGGACUUCUUCAGUAUAUAAUGAGCUAACAAGAAAUUAGCUAAUCCUGUUUUUUAGUGGACACAGCACCUUCCGCAUCUCUGCAGUGCUACUGUGUUCAGUUGAUUUAAACUAGUUAGUAAUAUUCAAAAUGGUGUGCUUUUACCACUAGAAACAUGGUUAUAAGUCAUUUGAAAUUACUUUAGUUGGGAAGUACGGGUGUUCUGUGAAGUAAGAUCUUGGCCUUGUCCAUUAUAUUUAAAUGCAAAGUGCACAAGAGAACACUUUAUUAUUCUUGACAUGUGCGAACUCUUCCCUCUGUGAAAAAGAGGGAUUUUAUGAAUAUUUCAUUUUAUAAUUCAACUAUACACAACUAUACUCUCUCUCUCCCCAGUAACUAUGUAAUUUUCAGAAGAGCUGUUUAUUCAGAGCUAUUUAACUGCUUUCACUGAUAUAUACCUAGCACAAUACGAUGUAUAUUAAUGUCUAUCCACAUUUUGAACUUUUUAUUCAAAACAAAGUUGUAUAUGAAGACAGUUAAGUCUCUAAUAUUUCAACUGAAAUUGUAACUGUAACAGUGUUUACUAACUCCAGUCUAGUAGUCCACCAGCACUGCAGUUUUUUGUUUUUCCUGCACCCGAGUCACCUCAUUAGCUAAUGUCCUUGUACUCCUUGCACUGCAUCACGUGUGUUAGAGAAGAAAAAAUACAAAACAGUGGAGUGUGGGAGGCCUUUGAGGACAGAACUAUAAUGGAAGAAAACUGAACUAUAGAAAAUCCUCCCCCCCUUUUUCAAAAGUGUUAUUAUUUCUGAAGAGAAUAGAGUUUAACCAGAGAAAUGCUUAAUGUGAGUGUUUAUUAUAAAUAAUCUUCAAAACUACCCAAUAAUUACAAGAUCAUAUUCUUUAAAUUACAGAUAUUCUAAUACUAAGCAUAGUAAUUAAACAUAGGUCUAAGGGUGUGACAAUGUCAAUACAGCAUCGACAAAAAAGAACAUUUGAAACAUUGUAUCAAACUUAAAAGAUGUAUCACUGAUGCGCCCCUUGGAUCUCUCAUGUAACUGUUUUUUUGUGGAAACCACUGUCACUGAUCAAAACUAAUAAUCUGGGUGUAUUGUAACAUAGUAAAGUGUUUGUGACUUCUCAGGCUUAUUUUGUUUUCAGGCUAAUUUUGUAACCAAUCUGAGCCAGAUCAGUAUAAUUAGAGCUCAUAACAAUUAAAAUAUUGAAAAUAAAAUCAAAUUUUGACCUCAAAAUUAAAAAUCUUAAAGAACUCGAAAAUACGUGUAUUGUUACGCCCCGUGUAGGACUGUGUUGUUAUAAAACAAGAGACAUACUAAGCGUAGGAUUGUGUUGAUGUUAUUGGUAUGCAUACAGUAAGCGAUGCUAUUUGGUGGUUCGUUCUACUGUCAGAAAUGAAUAGAAAAGCACUGUAACUCAUUUUUGUCUUCCCUUUUUUGAUUUCAAAGGAAUUUUUACCUCCCUUAUAAAAUGAACUGUAUUGCUAAUAAACUUAAUAAUAGGUAUAUGCAAAGCACAUUUAUUAUGUUCCAAUAUACUGUACAGCUUCUGAGCUUUUCUGUAAAACAUAUUCCUCUAUUGAAGCAAGAUGUAACUUACAUUCUGUGUCAUUGGAUUUUGUCAGCUUGUUUAUGUACUCUGUUAACUUGAUUUGAGAUUUGUAAGAGUUUGUAAGACUCAGAACAAAAGAGCAAAAGAUAUGUGUCAUGUUCAUCACACUCGCACACAUAUGUACUAUAGUAAUGUGCCUGUAGUCAGAUGUGUUAGAUAUGUAUUUGUCACUUUCUGUCAAUGCAUUAGAUUACAUCUGUUGUUAUCAUUUAGGCAUAAUUUUGCACUGACUGAAAAAAAGAAUGAUAAAACAGCGGCGUUUAUUUUUCAUCUACAAAGGUGCUAUUGUAAUGGAGGCCUUCCACACCUUUUUGCAUGAUCUGCUCUGGUACAGUAUUUACCUUUCCCAUUUAUCCAAGCCCUUUCCCUAAAUAUAAAGGUGAAAACACUGUAAUUUUCUAAUGUGGGAUUUGGAAAUAAACAAACAAAAAUGUUUUAA